AUGCACACAUACUGUAUCCUACUUUUGAUACUUGUGGCCACUAUUCACGUUAGUGGCACUGCAGCAUCGUCACACAAUCGCCCCGAAUCGGAUCUGAUUCAUGAUGUGGCACCGGUCAAAAGUGGUGCCGCUCUUGGAGCUGGUGAUGAUAAUCUUUUGCGCCGUCUCAAUGUGCCGCCACAAAAGACUGAUGAAGAGAGGAUGUUUGGUUUCACCCGGUUUUUUGAAUCGAUUAAGCGGUUUGGACCCCACAAGACUAGCUCGCGACUUGAAAAAAUAGCGAGCAUGCAUCGAGCGGAGAUGGCGGCCUUAAAACAGCGAAUGCGAAACAUGGAGAAUGCGAAGGGUAAACGAUACACUGGAUAUUGA